AUGGCUGCCGAGAGAGAAGCCGUGUCGUUUGACGCGAUGAUCCAAGCAGACCGUAAAAGAAGAAAAGAUGAAGCCCUUGCGAAUGAGAUCUUUGGCAAAAAUCGACGACCCGCAGCAUCUGGAGCUGGCGCAAACCGCAGCGCGAUGACAGGCCCAGGAGCAAGCCUUGCCAGCAGGGUCGGCGUCACAAAGGUCUGCCAGGCAGAGGCGCAUUCUGCGCGCCUCAUAGCGAAUAUACCAGUCUUGCUGACAUCUACUCAGCCCGCACAACGCUCCGCGACGUCUACCCCCAAGCCUGGUCUUACCACGAGCUCGUCUUUCACCAACCAAGCCCCUAACGCGCGCGUCUCCCGCAUCGGGCAGUCUUCGCGAUCGAACUCUGCCUCCCGCCUUGAACAGCGGCACAAUCGGCUAUAUGACUCUCUUCGCUCCGACACCGUGACACCAGUCACCGCUCAAGCCAAUAUCAUCUCCCGACCACCUCAAAAUGGCGCCGUUAACACGCGCGCACCGCAAAAUGGCUACGCGAAUGAGCGCGCCCCGGGUAUAACUAUCCGAGGUAUGGGCAGUGAGGGUCCCUAUUGCGUCGUCGCUUCGAACUUCGCGCCUGGUACUACCGCAGCGGACAUCGAGGCCGUAAUGGCGCCGAUCGGGGGAGAGAUGGUUAGCUGCAAGCUCGCUGCGGCGAAGCCGACUGUGAUCGCCGAGAUGCUGUUCACUGAGAAGACCGGUGCGGAGAACGUGAUAUCGAUGUUCAAUGGCAAGAAGGCCGACGGACGCGUUCUCUACGUGUACAUGAAGCAAGCGCCACCACAACAGGAACCGCACCAGUUCUACAACAGCGCACAUUCCCGACCAUCGGCCGCGGCUCAGGCAUUGAGGCCUGAGCGCGAUCUGAUGGAAGUGGACGACGAGCCGCCAGCACCGGCACCAGCGCCCGCACCAGCUCCCGCUCCGACACCGGCUGCGGCUCCAGCCCCUGUGCCUGCUCAGGGGGAAGAGUACAACAAGCCCAUCCGGCGGGCGGAGCCACAGUACCAGGACGGACGAUAUGGCUUCAGUGAGCAUGCGCCGCGGGAUGAUAGGAGGGAUGACAGGAGGGACGAUAGGCGGGAUAACAGAAGGGGCAGGGAUGGCUAUAGGCUUUACUCGGAUGGGCUAGGUAGACGAGACUGGGGCUACGGGCGAUGA